CUGAGAGGACAGCGGUGUGUUUCCCAUCGUAUUAUCCGGACGGCCUCAGUUCGGGCCUUGCUCUCCUCGUGCUGGUGAAGAUGGCGCUUCGCAGAGAUCCCGCGUCUGGAAACAGCCUGGAUUCACCCGUAAAGCAGAUCCAGAUCGAAGGCCUGGUGGUGAUGAAGAUCAUCAAACACUACCAGGAGGAGGGCCAGGGCAGUGAGGUGGUGCAAGGUGUCCUGCUGGGACUGGUGGUGGAAGACCGAUUGGAGAUCACCAACUGCUUCCCAUUCCCACAGCACACUGAGGAUGAUGCUGACUUCGACGAGGUUCAAUAUCAGAUGGAAAUGAUGAGGAGUCUUCGUCAUGUGAAUAUUGAUCAUCUGCAUGUGGGCUGGUAUCAGUCCACAUUCUACGGCUCCUUUGUUAGCCGAGCGUUGCUGGACUCCCAGUUCAGCUACCAGCAUGCCAUCGAGGAGUCUGUGGUGCUUAUCUAUGAUCCCAUUAAGACUGCCCAGGGCUCCCUGUCCCUCAAGGCCUACAGGCUGACCCCCAAACUCAUGGAGAUUUGCAAAGAAAAGGACUUCUCAACAGAAGGGCUGAAGAAGGCCAGUGUGGGGUAUGAGAACAUGUUUGAAGAGGUGCCCAUUGUCAUCAGGAACUCUCAUCUCAUCAACGUGCUGUUGUGGGAGCUGGAGGACAAGUCUACUGUAGCAGACAAGCAUGAGCUGCUCAAUCUCUCCAGCGGUUCUCAUCUUGAGAAAUGCCUGCAGAUGUUGAUGGACCGAGUGGAUGAGAUGAGCCAAGACAUCGUCAAAUACAACAACUACAGCCGCAGCCUGAGCAAACAGCAGCAACAAAAACACCAGUACGUCCAGAGACGUCAGCAGGAGAAUGCUCAGAGGCAGAGUCGAGGGGAGCCACCGCUGCCUGAAGAAGACCUCACUAAACUCUUCAAGCCUCCUCAGGCUCCCCCGCGCAUGGACUCCCUGCUCAUCGCUGGGCAAAUUAACACGUACUGCCAGACGGUGAAGGAGUUCACCUCUCAGAACCUGGGCAAGCUCUUCAUGGCAGAGGCUCUCCAAGGCCAGGGAAGCUAAAGGAGAGGAAACGAGGCAAGCCCGUAACUGGUUAAGAGUAAAUAUUCCCUUAAGCCGGUGAUGGAAGAAGCUUUUUUUUUUUUGUGUGUGCGCAUUGAACAGUACAUCAUGGACUGUAUCUGCACACACAUCUUGUUUUAUUUACACACACACCACAUGCAAUAUCAAUGUCAUACAAUUCGGACCAAGAAGAAAUUGGAGAAACUAGUGUUACCUUUGUGGGUUGUAUAAAAGAGGUGUUGGAAAUGGCUAAUUAAAUGAAUUUUGCCCACUCCUGAA